AUGAAUAAAAUGAAGAGAGAACUCAUAUGUCUAUCUCUGCUUUGUGGCAUAGUCUUCACUUUGUCCAACCAGGAAAGCAAUACCCGAUUCAGAAGAGGAACCAGAUCUUACAGAGUGACCUGCAGAGAUGAAAAAACCCAGAUGAUCUACCUGCAACACGAGUCAUGGCUGCGCCCCAUGCUCAGAGGCAACCGGGUGGAGUACUGUUGGUGUAACAGUGGCAGGUCUCAGUGCCACUCUGUGCCUGUCAAAAGUUGCAGCGAACCAAGGUGCUUCAAUGGGGGGAUAUGUCGGCAAGCUCUGUAUUUCCCAGAUUUUGUCUGCCAGUGCCCUGAAGGAUAUAUGGGGAAACGCUGUGAAAUAGAUGCCAAGGCCAAGUGUUAUGAGGACCAGGGAGUCACCUACAGAGGCACGUGGAGCACAGCAGAAAGCGGGGCAGAGUGCAUCAACUGGAACAGCAGUGCUCUGGCCCUGAAGGCCUACAAUGGGCGGAGGCAGAACGCCCUCAAGCUGGGCCUCGGCAACCACAACUACUGCAGGAACCCAGAUCAAGACUCGAAGCCCUGGUGCUAUAUCUUUAAGGCGGGGAAGUACAGUGCGGAGUUCUGCAGCACACCAGCCUGCCCCAAGGGAAAAACUGGUGAUUGCUACAUUGGAAAAGGGUUAGAUUACCGUGGUACCCACAGUCUCACCACAUCUGGUGCCACCUGCCUCAAGUGGGAUUCUGUCAUCCUGAUGCGCAAGAUUUACACAGUGUGGACUGCCAACGCGCAGGCACUGGGUCUUGGCAAACACAACUACUGCCGGAAUCCAGAUGGGGAUGCCAAGCCCUGGUGUCAUGUGCUGAAGGACCGCCAACUGACAUGGGAAUACUGUGAUGUGCCUCAGUGCUCCACCUGUGGCCUAAGACAGUACAAGCAACCUCAGUUUCGCAUUAAAGGAGGACUCUACACGGACAUCGCCUCUCAUCCCUGGCAGGCCGCCAUCUUUGUCAAGAACAGGAGAUCACCUGGAGAGAGAUUUCUGUGUGGGGGAGUACUCAUCAGUUCUUGCUGGGUGCUGUCUGCUGCCCACUGCUUCCAGGAAAGGUUUCCUUACCAGAACCUUAAAGUGAUCUUGGGCAGAACAUACCGGUUGGUCUCUGGAGAGGAGGAACAGAAAUUUGAAGUAGAAAAAUACAUCGUCCAUAAGAACUUUGAUGAUGACACUUACAACAAUGACAUUGCACUGCUGCAGCUGAAAUCUGAUUCAUCCCAAUGUGCUCAGGAAAGCGAGACUGUGCGCACUGUCUGCCUCCCUGAGGCCGGCCUGCAGCUACCUGAUUGGACCGAAUGUGAGCUGUCUGGGUACGGGAAGCACGAAGAGUCGUCUCUUUUCUAUUCUGAACGCCUGAAGGAGGCUCAUGUCAGACUGUACCCAUCCAGCCACUGCACGUCUCAGCAUUUGUUCAACAAAACUGUCACCGACAAUAUGCUGUGCGCAGGGGACACUCGCAGCGGAGGGAGCCAAGUAAACCUGCAUGAUGCCUGCAAGGGUGACUCAGGAGGCCCUUUGGUGUGUAUGAAGGACAAACGCAUGAUUUUGGUUGGCAUCAUCAGUUGGGGCCUUGGCUGCGGGCGGAAAGACGUUCCAGGUGUAUAUACCAAAGUUACUAAAUACCUAGACUGGAUUCAAGACAAUAUGCAACCAUGA